GCUUUGCUCUCAGUAUUUAUAUAUAGGCAUAAUAGAGAAACAAUUAAAUCACAGUACUGGCUAUUGACAUUAUGGCCAAUUCUUGGUGUUGUUGUUGGUGGCUAAUCACACUCUUUUAACUACUCAACUCGACCAUGUCUCACCUUGAGAUGGUGCCAACCCCACCAUUGCCAAUUCUACCCCUCCCUUCCUUUUCCCAACUGAAAUGGCAACAAAGAGAGCUCAUAAUGUUCCUCCACUUCGGCGUCAACACGUUCACCGACUCCGAAUGGGGAUCCGGGCACGAAAACCCGGCCAUAUUCAACCCGGUGGGCCUCGCCGCCAACCAAUGGGUGGACACUGCCGUAGAAGCCGGGAUAUCGUUGGUAAUCCUCACGGCAAAGCACCAUGAUGGCUUCUGCUUGUGGCCUUCCAAGUACACUGAUCAUUCGGUCGUAAGAAGCCCUUGGAAGAAUGGCCACGGUGAUGUCGUCCGAGAGCUCGCCGACGCGGCUAAGGCCCGCGGCGUCGACGUCGGGCUUUACCUCUCGCCGUGGGAUCGGCAUGAUAGAAGAUAUGGCCAUGACUUGCCUUACAAUGAGUACUACUUGGCUCAACUACAAGAGCUUCUCAAAAAGUAA